GGGCCAGUUUGCAGAGUGAGCCUUGCGGGUGGCGGCGGCGGCGGCGGCGGCGUUGUUGGGGGAAGAAGAUGUUGCAGUCCCUGGCCGGCAGCUCCUGCGUGCGCCUGGUGGAGCGGCACCGCUCGGCCUGGUGCUUCGGCUUCCUGGUGCUGGGCUACCUGCUCUACCUGGUCUUCGGCGCGGUGGUCUUCUCGUCGGUGGAGCUGCCCUACGAGGACUUGCUGCGCCAGGAGCUGCGCAAACUGAAGCGGCGCUUCCUGGAGGAGCACGAGUGCUUGUCGGAGCCGCAGCUCGAGCAGUUCCUGGGCCGGGUGCUGGAGGCCAGCAACUACGGGGUGUCGGUGCUCAGCAACGCCUCGGGCAACUGGAACUGGGACUUCACCUCCGCGCUCUUCUUCGCCAGCACCGUGCUCUCCACGACAGGUUAUGGUCACACUGUGCCCUUAUCAGAUGGAGGCAAGGCCUUCUGCAUCAUCUACUCAGUAAUUGGCAUUCCAUUCACCCUCCUGUUCUUGACAGCGGUGGUCCAGCGUGUUACCAUCCACAUCACUCGAAGACCUGUCCUCUACUUUCACCUCCGAUGGGGCUUCUCCAAGCAGAUGGUGGCCAUCGUACAUGCUGUUCUGCUUGGGUUUAUAACAGUGUCCUGCUUCUUUUUCAUCCCAGCGGCCAUAUUCUCCGUCCUGGAGGAUGAUUGGAACUUCCUUGAAUCAUUUUAUUUUUGUUUCAUUUCUCUGAGUACCAUUGGACUAGGGGAUUAUGUUCCUGGAGAAGGCUACAAUCAGAAAUUCAGAGAGCUCUAUAAAAUUGGGAUCACAUGUUAUUUGCUGCUUGGUCUUAUUGCCAUGUUGGUUGUUCUGGAAACUUUCUGUGAACUCCAUGAGCUGAAAAAAUUCAGAAAAAUGUUCUAUGUGAAGAAAGACAAGGAUGAGGACCAAGUGCAUAUUAUGGAGAAUGACCAACUUUCCUUCUCCUCCAUCACAGACCAAGCAGCUGGCAUGAAGGAGGAUCAGAAACAGGAUGAGCCUUUUGUGGCCCCUUCAUCAUCAGAGGGCUCUGAUGGAUCCGUAAAUCAUUGAGCUUUGCUGCAUUGUUUUAGUGUGCCCAGGGUCAGAAUAAUGAGAAAGAAACUUCAUUUUGAUGGAAUUUAAAAACCCAAGAUGAUAUUUUAACAACUAUGUACUGCUUGCAAGAUUUGAAACAAAAGAACAAAGGAACUAUUUAAUAUCUGGCAAAUGGGCUAUAUCUGUGACAAUAUUAUUUAGACAUCACUAAUAGAUGAAAUAUACUUGAAGUAAAGUGCUCCUAUGGGUAGAAUUUUAUACUUUUAACCAGGUAUUUUGGGGAUUUGCACUUACAUAUCUAGUUGAUGGCUAAAUAGCACCAUUUAUAUUUAAAAGACAAAAAAUUAAAGGCAUAGAAAUAGUUUUAUAAAUAAGUUUAUGUGGAUGGUUUGCAUGUGCCCAGAAACAAUUAUUAUUUUUGUAGAAUCUAAGUUAAAAGUGCUAUUUAUAAUAAAUUGAAAACCAUUAACUAUGUACAUAUAAAAUUUAAAUACGUUUGUAUUCUGUACAUAAGUUUUAGGUCAGUGGUUUUCAACUACCAGUCCAUGGACCAGUGCUUGUCUAUAGAUUU